AUGGUUGCCCAGAGCGAAGCGUUCAAGAAGGCCGUCGUCGACAGCAAGAAGCUGACGUCGAAGCCGAGCAAUGAGGACCUCCUUGAGAUCUACGCCCUCUUCAAGAUUGGAACGGGCGAGAACAUCGAGGCCGCCACUAAGCCGGGCAUGUUCGAUCUCAAGGGCAAGGCCAAGUACAACGCGUGGAAGGCGGCCGUCGACGAGGGCACCACCCCCGAGCAGGCGCAGGAGAAGUACGUCACCAAGAUCGAGGAGAUGAAGAGCAAGUACGGCUACGACGAGAACAAGGAGCCCGAGGCCGUUGGCGGGCAAUAA